AUGGAAAGACUUGGAAAAUACUUAAUUAACAUAAAAGAAGACCGAAAGUUUAUUGUCGCCAUUGUGUUUUGUACUAAUAUUAUAGACAAUUUACUAAUAAGUUGUAUCGUACCAAUAAUACCCGAGAUGCUUGUAAUCCAGGAUGAACAGAUGAUGGAGGACUGUUUGACUGUACAGAACCAGUCCACUCCAAAUAUUAGUAUGAGUGAACAGAUGAUAGAAAGGUGUCUGACAGGGAACGAGAAAUAUGUAAACGCUAGCCUCAAUAUGACAACAGAUGAACCAAGUACAAGUGUUUCAAGCAUUAGCUUUGCAAAAAGACUGUUUGCGUUGUCAUUUAAUCCAGCGACAGAAAACAGUAAAAUAGGAUGGAUAUUAGCAACCAAGGCUUUAGUUCAGAUUGUUUUUAACCCUUUGACUGGAUAUUUAGCGAACUCAUUUGGAAAUAACAUAGUGCUGCUCGGAGGUACUAUUAUAAUUGGUAUUUCUUCCAUGGUAUUCUCCAUUUCAUCUUCGGUGCCUGGUUUAUUGAUAGCUAGAGGAAUGCACGGCCUAGGAUCCUCAGCUACUAAUGUUGCAGGCAUGAGUUUACUGGCGGAACGAUAUCACGAAGAUGGCGAGAGAAGUCGCGUAAUGGGGACAGCAAUGGGAGGAAUAGCAGUCGGAGUUUUGAUUGGCUACCCAUUUGGAAGUCUGCUUUACUUCUAUGUUGGAUCCAGUGCACCAUUUUUAUUGAUCAUGGUAUUUGUUGUCCUUGAUAUAGGUUUUAUCAUCGUUGUUUGUAGACCAGUAAUAUUAGGAAAGAGAAGUUAUCAUGGUUCAACAAUUACAGUGCUUCUAAGAGACCCAUACAUAUUAGUUGGAGCAUGUAUUAUUAUGUUAGCUACUAUGUCAAUUUCAACAGUAGAAGCAACAGUACCUAUUUGGGUUCUUGAUACAAUGGAUGUCGAAAAAUGGGAGCUAGCUGUGUUGUUUAUCCCGGACAGUGCCGGUUAUGUGAUUGGAACUAAUUUCUUCGGGAACUUUGCUUUAAAAAUGGGAAGAUGGAUAGUCAGUAUAGUAUGUUUGUUGUUAAUCGGUAUUUGCCUGAUAUCGAUCCCCUUUGCCACAACACUGCCACAUUUAAUUGUCCCCCAUUUUGGAUUUGGAUUAGGACUAGGUAUAAUAGAUGCAGCAAUAGUGCCAUUGUUAGCCUUGCUAGUAGACACUCGUCAUGUAGCCAUGUAUGGAUGUGUGUAUGCCAUUAACCAACUUGCAGUGUGCCUAGCGUAUGGAUUAGGUCCCGGAAUAGCUGGACAGAUUGUAAAGGGUCUUGGCUUUUCAUGGUAA